CCGGCGCCCCUGCCGCCCGCCGGCCAGGAGGUGUCGGCGGCUGGCGACUCCGGGGAAGGUCCGAGGCGCCUUCCGGAGGCGGCAGUCCCUGAGGCGGCGGCAGCGGGGAAGGGCGUCCCCGGGGAGCCUGAGGCCGGCGCGGGCGGGGAGGGCGAGCGGCGGGGCGCCGGCGACCAGCCCGAGACGCGCUCGGUGUGUAGCAGCCGCAGCAGCAGCAGCGGCGGUGGCGACCAGCGCGCCGGGCACCAGCACCAGCACCACCAGCCCAUCUGCAAGAUCUGCUUCCAGGGCGCGGAGCAGGGAGAGUUGUUAAACCCCUGCCGCUGUGACGGGUCAGUUCGAUACACACAUCAGCUGUGCCUGCUAAAGUGGAUCAGCGAGAGGGGUUCCUGGACUUGUGAGCUCUGCUGUUACAGAUACCAUGUCAUAGCCAUUAAAAUGAAACAACCUUGCCAGUGGCAAAGCAUUUCUAUAACACUGGUUGAGAAAGUUCAGAUGAUUGCUGUAAUCCUAGGAUCCCUGUUCUUAAUAGCGAGUGUGACCUGGCUCCUCUGGUCAGCCUUCAGCCCCUAUGCAGUGUGGCAGAGGAAGGACAUCCUUUUUCAAAUCUGCUAUGGAAUGUAUGGUUUUAUGGAUCUAGUGUGCAUAGGUCUCAUUGUCCAUGAAGGAGCUGCAGUUUACAGAGUAUUUAAGCGCUGGCGAGCUGUUAACUUACACUGGGAUGUAUUAAAUUACGAUAAAGCCACAGACAUCGAAGAGAGUAGCCGGGGAGAGUCUUCCGCAAGCAGGACUUUAUGGCUGCCACUGACGGCUCUGCGGAACAGGAACCUGGUCCACCCAACGCAAUUAACCUCCCCGAGGUUUCAGUGUGGCUACGUGUUACUGCAUCUGUUCAAUCGGAUGAGGCCCCACGAAGAUUUGUCAGAAGAUAAUAGCUCAGGGGAGGUUGUGAUGAGAGUGACUUCUGUGUGACAGAAGUGUAAGGUGGUGUGGUAUAGACCACCCCGCACACUUUGGAAUGUAAUGGCAAUGAAUGGUGAAACCAUAGCACUUCUAA